AUACAUCUGGUAUAAGAACGGAAAGAGAAUCCAGACACACUCAUCAUCCUCUUAUGUAACACAUAUGUAUUCUACAGAAACUGUUUCCUGUGGUGUUGAAGGUUAUGAGAAGUUCUCCUCUCCUUCAGUCUUUGCUCCAACGGUUCCUUCAGUGUCUUUCAGUCCCUCUGGUGAAAUCAUUGAGGGCAGUUCAGUGACUCUGACCUGUACCAGUGAUGCAAACCCACCUGUUACUAAAUACACCUGGUACAAGAGAGGAAAUAAUCAACCUCAGUCAAGAGGUGAAGGACAGCAGUUUGUCCUCAGCUCCAUCACCUCCACUGACUCUGGAUCAUAUUCAUGUGUCGCUUGGAACAGUCUGGGCUGGAAGAUGUCAGAAUACGUCUAUACUGAUGUGAAAUAUCCUCCCAGACUUCCCUCUGUGUCCGUGAGUCCGUCUGGUCAGAUAGUGGAGGGCAGUUCAGUGACUCUGACCUGUACCAGUGAUGCAAACCCACCUGUUACUAAAUACACCUGGUACAAGAGAGGAGAUAAUCAACUUCAGUCAAGAGGUGAAGGACAGCAGUUUGUCCUCAGCUUCAUCAACUCCUCUGACUCUGGAUCAUAUUCAUGUCAAACUGAGAACAGUCUGGGGCAGAAGAUGUCAGAAUACGUCUAUAUUGAUGUGAAAUAUCCUCCCAGACUUCCCUCUGUGUCCGUGAGUCCGUCUGGUCAGAUAGUGGAGGGCAGUUCAGUGACUCUGACCUGUACCAGUGAUGCAAACCCACCUGUUACUAAAUACACCUGGUACAAGAGAGGAAAUAAUCAGCUUCAGUCAAGAGGUGAAGGACAGCAGUUUGUCCUCAGCUUCAUCAACUCCUCUGACUCUGGAUCAUAUUCAUGUCAAACUGAGAACAGUCUGGGGCAGAAGAUGUCAGAAUACGUCUAUAUUGAUGUGAAAUAUCCUCCCAGACUUCCCUCUGUGUCUGUGAGUCCAUCUGGUCAGAUAGUGGAGGGCAGUUCAGUGACUCUGACCUGUACCAGUGAUGCAAACCCACCUGUUACUAAAUACACCUGGUACAAGAGAGGAAAUAAUCGACUUCAGUCAAGAGGUGAAGGACAACAGUUUGUCCUCAGCUUCAUCAAGUCCUCUGACUCUGGAUUAUAUUCAUGUGUAGCUGAGAACAGUCUGGAACGGAAGAUGUCAAAGUUUGUUCAUAUUGAUGUGAAAUAUCCUCCCAGACUUCCAUCUGUGUCCGUGAGUCCGUCUGGUCAGAUAGUUCAGGGCAGUUCAGUGACUCUGACCUGUACCAGUGAUGCAAACCCACCUGUUACUAAAUACACCUGGUACAAGGAGGAUGAAGACUCACCAAAAGCAUCAGGACACAACUUCACCAUCACUGACUUCAGAUCUGAACACAGUGGAAAUUAUUACUGUGAAGCCCAGAACAGCAGAGGACGACAGAACUCCACCUCACAUCUGAUCACUGUGUCUGGUGAGACAAAGUUCAUAUUAAAUAUUGUCAAGCUGAGUCUACUAGUCCUGCUGCUAAGUACCCUGAUUUUCACGACUCUGUGUUUUAGGAAGAAGAAAAUUCAGCAAGCUGAUCCUGAACUGACACCUGUGGAGUCAAUAGAGGUGAAUGAGAAAAAUGUGAUCUAUAUCCUGCUAUGUUUGUCUGGAUAACAAGCAAUCCAAUCUUUCCUUUGCAUUUACAUCUAAUAUUUUUAUGUGUUCUCAUCAUCAGUCAUCUAUUGUACAGAGCAAAACCUACGUGCACAUCAUUUAAA